CGCCUGGCAAGGGCCGUGCGGGCGGGGACCGCGGCCGCGCCUGCAAGAGAGGGCUGGCCUGGGUCAGCUGCUGCAGGCGGGCUGCUGCGUCUCCUGCCGCCGCCCUCGCUCCGCCACGAUGCCGGGGAUCGACAAGCUGCCCAUCGAGGAGACUCUGGAAGACAGCCCGCAGACAAGGUCUUUACUGGGUGUAUUUGAAGAAGAUGCAACAGCUAUUUCCAACUAUAUGAACCAAUUGUAUCACGCUAUGCAUCGAAUUUAUGAUGCACAGAAUGAAUUAAGUGCAGCAACACACCUGACUUCAAAACUUUUGAAAGAAUAUGAAAAACAGCGUUUCCCACUGGGGGGUGACGAUGAAGUUAUGAGCUCUACAUUACAGCAGUUUUCAAAAGUUAUAGAUGAACUUAGCUCUUGUCAUGCAGUACUUUCAACUCAACUUGCUGAUGCCAUGAUGUUCCCCAUUACCCAGUUUAAAGAAAGAGAUGUGAAAGGUAUUGAAUGUUGUAUUAUUGUUAACAUUCCUUUCUGUUUUCUAGAUCAUGAUGCUGCAAUUAACAGAUAUAGCCGAUUGUCAAAAAAAAGAGAAAAUGACAAGGUGAAAUAUGAAGUAACAGAAGAUGUGUACACUUCCAGAAAGAAACAACACCAGACCAUGAUGCAUUAUUUUUGUGCAUUAAAUACCCUUCAGUACAAGAAGAAAAUAGCAUUGUUAGAACCUCUUCUUGGGUACAUGCAAGCUCAGAUAAGUUUCUUUAAGAUGGGUUCUGAAAAUCUCAGUAAACAGCUGGAAGAAUUUUUAGCAAAUAUUGGAACAAGUGUACAGAAUGUUCGCAGGGAAAUGGACAGUGAUGUAGAGACAAUGCAGCAGACAAUAGAGGAUUUGGAAGUAGCCAGUGACCCUUUAUAUAUGCCUGACCCAGACCCCACCAAAUUUCCUGUUAAUCGGAAUUUAACCCGAAAGGCUGGAUACCUUAAUGCUAGAAAUAAAACAGGCUUGGUGUCAUCUACCUGGGAUAGACAGUUUUACUUCACACAGGGUGGAAACUUAAUGAGUCAGGCCCGUGGAGAUGUAGCAGGAGGCCUGGCCAUGGACAUAGACAACUGUUCAGUGAUGGCUGUGGAUUGUGAAGACAGGCGAUACUGUUUUCAGAUCACCUCUUUUGAUGGAAAAAAAUCUUCAAUUUUGCAAGCAGAAAGUAAAAAAGACCAUGAGGAGUGGAUCUGUACAAUAAAUAACAUAUCUAAACAAAUAUACUUAAGUGAAAAUCCAGAGGAAACUGCUGCACGAGUAAAUCAGUCAGCUCUAGAAGCUGUCACUCCUUCCCCAUCUUUCCAGCAGAGGCAUGAGAGCCUGCGGCCAGCAGGACAAUCUCGGCCACCGACAGCUCGAACCAGCAGUUCAGGAUCCUUAGGAUCUGAAUCCACAAAUUUGGCUGCCCUCUCUUUAGAUUCUCUUGUUGCACCAGACACCCCAAUACAGUUUGACAUAAUUUCUCCAGUGUGUGAAGAUCAGCCUGGCCAGGCAAAAGCCUCUGGCCAGGGAGGCAGGCGUACAAAUCCAUUUGGAGAAUCUGGAGGAAGUACAAAAUCUGAAACUGAAGAUUCUAUUCUUCAUCAGUUAUUUAUUGUCCGGUUCCUUGGUUCUAUGGAGGUUAAAUCAGAUGACCAUCCAGAUGUUGUUUAUGAAACAAUGCGCCAAAUCUUAGCAGCCCGGGCCAUCCAUAACAUCUUUCGUAUGACAGAAUCACAUUUAUUAGUCACUUGUGACUGUUUAAAGUUAAUUGAUCCACAGACACAAGUUACAAGGCUAACGUUUCCAUUACCCUAUGUAGUUCUAUAUGCUACACACCAGGAGAAUAAACGCCUUUUUGGAUUUGUUCUUCGGACAUCAGGAGGGAGAAAUGAAAGUAAUCUGUCAUCGGUCUGCUAUAUAUUUGAGUCAAACAAUGAAGGGGAAAAGAUUUGUGAUUCUGUUGGAUUGGCAAAACAGAUAGCUUUGCAUGCUGAACUGGAUCGUAGGGCAUCAGAAAAACAAAAAGAAAUAGAGAGAGUAAAAGAGAAGCAACAGAAAGAACUUAGUAAACAAAAACAGAUUGAAAAGGACUUGGAAGAACAAAGCCGGUUGAUAGCUGCUUCCAAUAGACCAAACCAAGCUAGUAGUGAGGGGCAGUUUGUUGUCCUUAGCAGUAGCCAGUCAGAAGAGAGUGAUUUGGGAGAAGAAGGAAAGAAGAGAGAAUCAGAAGCAUAAACUUACCUUUGAUUUUCAAUUAAUAUUCCCCCCUCCCCCCAUGGAAUGUGACAAUUUCUGUGGUGAAAUGGCACAAGGUAACAACUAUGUUGAAAUAUCAAGGAGGAGACAGACUAAGCUUUAUAUUUGCUUGUUUUAGCUUCAUUUAAAAAAUAAGAUUGAACUUGAUGACUUAGGUUUGCAUUGCUUUUUUUUUCCCCUUGAACAUAACAUACUAUACAUUAACAUUAAACUCCAUGUGUCUGAAGGAAACCUGCUCAUCUCCACAGUAGAUUGUUGAGGAGUUACAUUUGCUAAAGCAUUU